AUGAAAGAUGAAAAUAGAGUGAGAGCACUUCACAGAGGUUAUAAAGGGCUAAAAGGUUCUGGUAGUGGUUCUAGUCCAUUAUCAAAAAUUGGUUCUUGUGGAGCCAUGCUUGCCGAAAGGCAGGGUUCCAUUGACAGAUACUGCUGCACUUGUCGAGUGACUGGAUUGGCUUUUCCGGUUGGUGGAUCGAAUACUUUGAGGCUUACCUCUGAAAAUGGGGACGCAGAUUAUCAGAUAGAAGCUGCACUUCCACUGGUUGAGAAUUUGAUUACAGUAAAUGCAGAGCUUGUAGAAUUAGGUAAUAUAUCACAAUGUGGUAGGGCGAACGAGUUGUAUUCUGAGCUUGAGCAAAGGGGUUCAAAAAUGGAACUCUCUUCCUCUGUUGGCUCUAAUCCAAUGGGUGUGAUUCCUCAAUCAGCUAAUGUUGCCGAUACCUCAGCUAUUGUGAUGGAUCCAACAGUUGGAACUGCAUAUUCAACUGAUUCCACAUCUGAAGCUGAAAUGGAGUCGGAUGAAAUUGUGCAAAUUCCUUUAGAUGAGAACGAAGUCAUGGAUGCGUCUGAUAUAGAGGCAGGACAAAAUGAUUAG